AUGAACAUCCGAGGGGAGAGAGCUGCAGCGAUCAUCGAAUAUGUAUGGUGUCUGAGUGCGCUGCGGAGAUGAUCACCCUCUUCUCUUCCUGUGGAGGUAGUAAUCGAUUUCUCUUGUCUUCUCGUGCAUAUGUUAUGUUUCCUUUGCAAAUGCCUACUUUGGUGCUUUCCUGAUGCAAACAAGGAUUUGAUCAAAUCAGUUCCAGGUUCGAAGAGAGAGACAUCAUCAACCCGCAUUGAGAACACACAUGUUUCAGUAAUAUCUGCACAAAACGCCCGGUAAUUGCUGUUGGCAAUAUGCAAACGUCUUUGUUUUCGCUGCUGGUAGCAGCCUUCUUCGCUCGCGCAGCAGCCCAACAGACAGUCGAUCCUCUUAGCAUCAUUGUUUCCGAGGCCUUUUCUGUCUAUACAGAAGUCAAUUCACUUCUGUCCUCCGCUGCUUCGGCGGUAUCAGCAGCAGCCGGGUCCGCAAUCCCGGCAACGGGAAAUUCCUCUCCGGACGGGGCUUCAACGACCUCCAACGUCCCAUAUACCCCAACCUCAUAUGACUCGACGUCGAGCGAAGGUCCAGGGGUUUCGGAGACGCCUUCGACUUCAUCCACGCCGUUGACCUCAACGUCGAUCUCUUCAGCCUCAUCACCCUCCUUAGCCUUGACAACCUCAGCAUCUGUUGCCGUCGGGGUCACGUCUUCGAGCACGCCCGAUACCAGAUCCUUGACAACUUCUUCACGAGGUCCAUCUUCCACCACAUCUUCUCUGACGCUGUCAUCCCCGGUAAUCGGUACAUCGUCAGUAUUAGGCGCAGCUGCCGGGAGUGGAACAAGCACGCCCUCCUUGACAAAAUCCAGACAUGAGUCCGAUCUCCCUAUUAUCCUUGGCUGCGUCCUCGGAGCUCUUGCGCUCGGCCUCUCCAUCCUAGCCUUGGUCAUCUGCUUCAAACGCCGACGGCUCAGCUCUUCACCUCGCCAUUCCGCGCUCUCACCUGGCGACGAUGAAGUUGAGAGCUGGAGGGUGAGCCGACCAUCAGAUACAGCUGCAAGUCACGGCUCGCUACAUCGUGACCUAGGCGUGGCCGGCACUGCACCAUUGAUGUCCGAACACCCGGCCUUUCGCAAUCCUCAAGGAUACGAAAAUCCAUUUGUUCCGGUUCCUCCGCCACCAAGACGGACAGCUCCCAAUUCUCGGCCUGGCUUGACUGACGGCAUGGCCCCUGGGGAUGACCCUUUUGUGAAGGAGAUUACUGGGCCAUCCAGAUCUGACAGCGUGUCGUCCACCUAUAGCACGCAUCACACGGGCGGAAUUGCUGCAGGGAUCGCCGCGGCAGCAGUUGGGGCCGAUCUCAUGCAUCACUCGAACGAGUACCAUGGCCAGAGCGCGCCGGCAGCGAACGGCCAACCCAUCCCAGCGCGAAUCAACCGGAAGCCCGUCCCCGUCCAGUACACCAACAACAGCGAACCGUGGCCUUACUCCCCUGUCUCCCCCAUCGAUCCCGUCGCAGAAACCGCCGGUCUCACCACAUUCCCCACAAGAAGCAGCGGCGAGAGCGGUCGAAGUUUCAGCCGUGACCCUGCCAGAGCCAACGCAGUGUUCGAUCAAGAGUAUGCUCCUCACAGCGAGGCCCUCGGGCAUGAUGAUCCUGAGCUUGGAGCUGCCGCAGCAGGACUCGGUGCUGGUCUUGCCGGCGGUGCAGCCCUGGGCUAUCGCGGUACCCAUGGCCAGCAUCGAUCACGAAGCCGGAGCAGCAGUAGCAAGCGACGCAGCCGGCCAGCAAUGGCGAUACCCAGUGAAGGACUCGACACCAGUGGGAGGACUUCUCGGGACGAUAGAAACAAUCGAGCUUAUAGAGACGUCGUGCCCCAGGAAUCAUAUGGCGCCGGCCUUGCCGAGGACCAAGACGUCUACGGAGUGCCUGCGACACUGCCUUCUCGCUCUCGGCGUAACAGCGCUCUCGGGUCUGCUCUCCCUGGUGCGGCGGCGUUCAACUACGCCAACCGCCCGACGGUUCCGUCUCCGCUGUCCAGCGAAGUGCGCCGCGACCGGAGCUCCUCGCCUCGGCGAAGCCGGUCUCGAAGUCUGAGUGGGGGCACCGCACGGUUCUCAUUCUCAUACGACCCCGUCGCCGACGACUACGGCGCCUACCCGCCAUUCCCGAUCACGUCCAGCACCUCCGGUCAGGGCAAGACAGGACGAGACGAGGCGUUCACAGACCCGAACACGAACAACCCCGCCCGUCCCGACAAGGCGAUCGUCAACGACAAAAGCUACCCCCAGCUUGACAUCCCACGACGCCAGAGCACCAACGAGUAUGACUUGGCAGCCACAUCAGGUCCGCUGGGGCCCCAGCCGCUGACCACAUCACUGUUCCCCGGUCCCGGAGACGGAAAUGCCACGAUGGAGAGCGGCGACUCCGCCUGGCGGAUGAGCGAUGGGAUGCCCGCCGGAUGGCAGCGUGCCAGCACAGACAGUCCCCGCAGCAGCAGGGAGUACAUGAGCAAUCGCGAUUCAGGCAUGCGCAUGGGAGGACCCGGACCGGGAAUGGGAGGCAGGAGGGGCCGGAGGCUGCGGGCGAGUGACAUAGCGGGCUCGUCGACCGCAAGGCGAGGGAUGGAUGGCGACGGAUACGGCUACUACGCGUAUGGCCAGGCGCUUUGAAGAAAGGCGAUUCCUGGGCCCUUGAUCCCGGAAACCCGAGGAGUGAUGAUGAAUGAAUGACACCUCCAACGAGCUCACCUUGUCUUUCUUUUUCAUAGGAGUUUUGGGGCGCCACGACUUUUGCCGGCCUUGGUUGUGGCGGCAAUGGUGAUGCUGCCGCUUUUGUUCUUUAUAUGGCACGUUGAAAAGCCACUUCUGUUCGUUGCUGGCGCCAUGCAUGACCCCUGUACAGAGUACGGAAUUCGUACAUACACCCAUCCAUCCAUACAUACCUAUUGAAUAGCUGGCUUACCUAUACACAGAGUUCCCAAACGCGCUCUAUAUCAUUGGGCCCACGCUGACCCUGCGUGCAAGGGCGAUAGUCCUUCAGCAACACUGAGUGAUUCUCUGCGGUGUCACGACUUCUGAUCA